AUGGCUGCACAUCUUGAAGACGUUGAAAACAGUGACCUUUUGGGGUACCACGACGAGUCGAACCUUCUACGCGAGCACGACCCCAAAGCUUGCCCCCGACCCUCCGCGGAUGGCCCAGAAGUGGUUUUCCCCCAUCGUCGUGCGGUUGAGGAGGCGACCGUCAACCAAGACGAGCCUCACGUCGAUCACGUUGUCGGCCUCCAGGCCGUACUACUGCAUCAUUAUCCCGUAGCCGCCGCCAAGGAAGUUUCCGGCGACUCUGAGGGUGGUGCAGAUUCCGGCAGGGAAGCCGAGCAUCCCGCCGCUCUCUUUAGAGAUUCAAUAGUAGAGUUCGCCGAGGGUGGCUCCCGUCUGGACCCACGCGCUCGGCUCAUCGGGGUCGACGAUGAUUCCCCGGAGAUUCUGGAAGUCGAGGACGACGAAGGGGUCCCCCAUGAAGGAGGUAUAGGAGAGGCAUUUGUAGUCGUGGCCGCCGUUGCGUAA